AUGUCUAACAAUCCAUUCACCGAGAUGUUAUCUCCUUCUUCAACCGGAAUUGGAAAUAUGCGAAAUCACUCACAAAGCAGUUUGCCAAAACCCUCUCACCAGUUGCCAGGAAAACCUCAUAAGCAAGUUCAAUACGAUCAACACUCUGAUUAUUAUGAUGACCAUGACCUACCGCCUCCUUACGAUGAAGUCACAAAUAAAUACCAGAAAGAUGAGUAUCCGAACGAUGAGAAGAUGAAACAAAGUAGCGAUUCCAGUUCAAGCGAGUCUUCUCCUAAUCCAUUUCCUGGGUCAUCCUCCGCCCCAAAGCAAUAUUAUAAACCCCGUAGGGAGUAUAAUGGAAAACGGCUAGAUGCAGAACAGCUGACAGGGACAGUGGUCACUAAAAUUGCGUCAGAUGGCAGAGUCAGAUCGAAAAGUGUGGGUGAGUCUAGCAGACCACACAGGUCUGGUGAACACAAAUCGUCUCGUGGCCACAAAGAGCGUAGAUCGCAUCGUCACCAUCGGUCUAAAAAGCAGACUGUUAUGGAUAAACCAAAGAACCUGGACACCAUAGACAAGUUAGAUGUUACUGGUUUUUUUUCAGGUGGCGGUUUUCACCACGAUGGUCCGUUUGAUGCUUGCACUCCCCAUAGAAACAAAGAUACGAAAGCAGCACCUGUGAUGGCGUUUCCUGUCGAUGGUCCAAAUAACUCUAUCAAAGGAAUGGCUCCCAAGAACAACAGGGACCAACAAAUUGACAUGGUAUUCGGUUACAAUGAAGAUGAACCAAUCUACACAUCAAAAUCGAAAAACAUUCAAGUUUCAGGUAAAAGCCCAUACAGCAAUGGAGUCGUGGUGAAGCGAGCUUCCGCGUCAAAUAGCACAUUUCUUGACUUGAAGCCCAACCCGAAUGUUGUUGCGUUUGAUUCAAAUGUGAAGUCUGCUCCAAUCCAUGGAGAUACAACUUUGGGGCUGGGCUCUUCCACAUUUUUGGAUGGUGCCCCAGCAUAUGGAGUUCAAGAAAAGAAAGAUGGGGGUGAGUUGGGUAGAAAGAAAAGUCUUGUGGAUAGACUAAGGAAAAAAGAUGACGAGACCACUGGUUUACUUAGGAGAGUGAAAAGUUUGAAGGUGUCUAGACGAUAG